ACGCAUAGAUCACACCUAGAGCACGUUACGUCUGCGUGACAUUUGUGACAAACUCAUUAAAAUGUGUCAAAAUCUUGAAAUAUUCCGGUAAAUAACCAAAUAAAAACGAUUUGUCAGGCAAAGUAUCAAAUUUUCCAGUACACAAGCUACAUGCAUCUGAAAUGGAUGGCAUAACACCACCCUAUGGAACGCCUGAAGAGAUCCAAGCAUGGAACAACAUGAUGGAGACUAUGGUCACGUUCAUCAGAGCAUCCACCAACCUCAUGAACACUAUAACGAUUAGUAUGAACGCGGGGAAAGCUCUACCACAGGAGUCUGAGUGCGAGGAGGCAUGUGAAGUGUGUAAAUCAGCUCGAACCAAGCCCAAGUGCGGAGUAUGUCCAGCAGGCAGAGAUGAUCUAAGUGAUGCCAGCAAAAAGGGCGGAUCUAAGGUCUUAUUUAUCAUACCCUCCGACACCGAUGAAACUGGAGAUACACCUUCAAACAAACAAAUUGUGGCACCAGAGAAAGAUAUCAUACCGGAAGAACUGGAAGCUUCAGAACAACAACAGGUCAAAGAAGCACAUGCAGAAGCUCCUAAUGUAGAACAGGGUAACGAAGAAAUAGAUGCGGAGGCGGGAAAGCCUCCAAGCAAAGAAGGUAGUGCCUCUGAAGCAACUCCAGCAGAACAAUCAAUGCCAGAGCCACAACCGACGGAACCGAGUGAGGAAGCUGGUCCGGAUAGUACCCAACCAAGUAGUACCCCGUCUAGUAAGGGACACAGUAGUAAUAUUGUGGUACCCCUGCAACCCGUGGGACCGCCUAGUAGGGGUGCUAGUGGUACCGGUCCUGGAAGAGUUCACAGUGGUACAGCAAAAGCGGGAGCACAGCCUGGUAGGGAGCCUAGUGCUACUACAAAGCCAGGGGGCGAUACUAAAAGUUGUGUUUGUGCCACUAUAAGAGCCAAAAGGCUGGAAGAGCAAGAGGCUAAAGAAGGAAAACCAGAGGACCAAGUUCAAGUUGAGAGAGUGUGCGCGUGCGGACCGACAGAGGGCAACACCGAUGCGGAAAUGAGGGAAAUGAUCGAAAAGCUGGCCAACGCUCAGCAGGAAAUUUCGGACCUGCAACAGCAGAUGGCGAAGCUGCAACGGCUGAGCAGCACGAAAAGGUUCGGGCCUCAUGGCGGGCCAAACCCCGCCACUUUGUACAAGGAAAUAAUGAGGAACAACGAGAGAUCCUAUGGUGGAAGCCCAUUGCCACCAGGUAGACCAUAUCCGCCUAAUUUGAGACAAAAGUUAUCAUCAAGUGGUUUUGGAACUACUACGAGAGGUAACGCAACAUUUGCUCCACCCUUUAAUUCGACCAUGUCACCGCCUCCUGGAGGACAAGCAACGGUGAACGCGAACAGAACAACUUAUGCAGAACGCCCUGGUGAUGCCCUGCCCAUGAACUUACAUUGUAGACAAGGAGGACCAUGCCCCUCAAAAAGUGCCAAUAAUACUGGUACCUGGUCACAGAAUACGGCUGAACAAUAUUCUAGUUAUCCAAACUAUCAGGGGACUUCGGUGGCAGGUAUGCCACCAGGCCAGCAAACUAUGCCAUUUAGUCCACAACCUCCGGCAUUCGGUGGGCAACAGCCUAAGUCGUUUGGUCAACAACACAUGCCCAUCGGUCCCCAAAUACCAUAUGGUCCACAAGGGCCUAUGUCACAAGAACCACGCAGGGUAAUUGUUGAAUGCAGACGAUCACAAACGGGACCAGGCGAAGUUUUUGAUGAUCCAAAUCAACAAUACAAUUAAGUGAGAAGCAAUACAAAGGAACAAAGGAAGAAUUUCAUAUUACUGCCCACUGUGUCUGUCUGAUGUUAUGUUUAAUAAACACUUUUCGAUAAAUAAUACUAUACAAUUGCUAUUAUUAAAAUAAAGUUUUUUGAAAUCGUGAGGUUCAAUGUA